AUGCUCUACACAAUCGCCGCGGCAGCCGCUGCUGCCCUCGCUUUUACAGCCUCGACCACUCUGGCGGCCAGCGACCCGUACCACCCGGACUGGAUCACCCCAAACCCGAGCCCGGACAUUCAAGGCACUGUGCACUUUCCCGGCCGCCGCCUCGACCGCCCCUGGCCCGGCACCUGGGACGAAUCCGACACGCCUAGCCAAUGGACGCUCCGGCUCAACAUCAGCCAGCAGCGCCGUAAGUGGUACCCGACAUUCACUACCGGCGAGGAGAAGUACACGAGCAUCGCCGCCGAAAUCAUCCCGCCCGCCGCAGACAUGCCUGGAUCAUUCGGUACGGGGAGCAACAUUACCUCGUCCUGGCUGCUCAGUCUGGUAGCUGUCUCGCCGCCAGGCGCGCGUACGUUGUCCCAGGGCAACGACGUCGAGAAUGGGACGUGUCCGGGGAGUCUGAUCAGCGAGGAGUGCGUGGCAGCGCUGAAGGAUCGGUACAGAAAUGACCCGAACGUGACGCAUGGCCAGGGCGGGCCCAAGCCGGGUGCCGGGUGUGGCGUGUUUGCGGCGGCAAGCACAACCGAACUAUCCUGGGGCUCCGGCUUCACCCGCUCCGCCACAACAGUAUGGCAGCUCGAUCGCACAACUACAGAGUUCGACCCCUACGACGUCUAUGGCGCGCGCACUUUCCCCUUCGUCCUAGUAUGGGGUUACCAGUCGCCAGCUGUACGAGAGGGUCUCGCGCUGCCCCGAGACCACAUCCAGAUUCUCUGUGUCAAGGCGGAUACCAAAUACUUGGCAGGUGGUGCCGCGAUGCCAAAGGGAGAUGCGUCGAGACCCCGGGCGGCGGGAGGUGCGACAACGAUGUGGCUUGUUAUGUGUCUUGCCGUGUCGUUGGGUUUGUAUAUUGGCUAG